AUGGAAUCUAUGUCAGCCGUGUUCGCGGGCGCCUUCAAAUCCGAACGUCUGGUCUACCGGAGCAUGGAAGAUACAGAGGCAGACAGAGAUUGGAUGUGGAAGAACCUUUGGAACAAUCCAGUCAAUGUGGGCUUGGCCAAUCUUGCGACAUUCGUGCCACCCUCGCAAAGGAAUUUCAAGAAAGAUUGGGAGCAGAUAUUGUCCAGAGCCCUGGUCGCAGUCUUCAUUUGCCUACCGCCCCCAAAGAAGGCGGAGGGUGUGGACUCCGACCCAGCUGAUAAGGCACAGGAAAAAGAUGUGAAAGACGAUGGAAGCACGAUCAUUGGCAUGAUUUGCCUCUCGAAAUAUGCCAUCGACACCUUCAAAAGGCGUACUGGCAUUGGCCUGCAAAUCGCAGAUGAAUACCAAAACAAAGGAUAUGGGAGAGAGGCUAUAAACUGGGCGCUCGACUGGGCUUUCAACUUUGGCGAUAUGAACAAGGUAGAGAUUGGGACUGCAUCGUAUAAUGACAGGGCAGCAGCAUUGUACGAGAGUAUUGGGUUCAAGCGCGAGGGUGUCAAGCGGCAUGCAUUUUUCAUGAACAGAAAGUAUUGGGAUAUCAUUGAUUUCGGCAUGCUCAUGGACGAAUGGGAGGAAUUGAGGGGGCUGAAGGCAGAGGCCAACGAUGUUCCUCUUGGGAAAAAAUAA